UUAAAACAGGAUCAGAGAACCUGGCUCCGUCGGUUUGACCCAAACCAGCUGAAUGGAUCUGCACAUCUCACUUAUCCUGUGUUUACUCUCAGCACUUGGUUUUUGCUCAUGCCAAAAUGAGUUACUACUGAAUGGACCUCUGAAUGGAGUAGUAGGAGAGAGUGUGGAGUUCACCCUCAUUAACCCACCAUAUGCACCACCUAGAAGAAUCACCUGGAGUUUUAGUGGAUAUAGAGAAGUUACAAUCUUCACUUCAAUUGGUGAAGCAGAGAUUGCACAUGUUGAUUAUGCUGGCAGAAUCUCUUUGGACAAAACCACCGCUUCACUGGAGCUCAGGGGCCUGACUCUCAAUGACACUGGGCUGUACACUGUGAGCAUCUCCAUCAGUGGUGUAGAAUACCGGGGAGUCACAUCACUGACGGUGUUUGAGAAAAUCUCCAAUGUGAAAGCAGAGGCCAAUCAGAAUGAGUUGGUGGAGUUCAACAGCUCUGUCAUCCUCAUGCUCCACCAUUGGCUCCUCCCCCUCAUUUUCCCGCCCUGCAACGCCCCCGCAGACCGGCUCCAGAGAAACAACGGCAUCACACUGACAUCCAGCAUCGCCCACGCCGCCCUGCUUCCCAUCCUGGGCCCUCAACACAGUCAGCAUCCCCUAGACGGCUUCUCCCGCUUGACAUGA